AUGUCUUCUGAGCUCCCCACCAUCGUCUUCAUCCCCGGCGCCUGGCACAAGCCAUGGAUAUUUGACCUUGUGCGUGAAGACCUAGCCGGCCGGGGCUACCCCACCGCGGCUGUUGCGUUGCCCAGCGUCGGUAGUACGGACGUAAACGCUGGGCUUGAUCAAGACGCGGACGCAGUUCGCGCUGAGCUGCAGCGACUCAUCGAUGCAGGGCGGGAGGUCGUCGUGGUGGCACACUCUUAUGGCGGCAUCCCCGUUGCGAACGCCGUUGAAGGUCUCAAUCACAAAAGCCGUGUUGCCAAAAAGAAGACUGGUGGCGUUCUUAUGCUUAUCUACAUGACCUCGUUCGCCAUGCCGGCCGAUGAGAGCCUAUCUGAUUCUGAUAGCGACGGACCGCAGCCGUGGCUGGAUAUCAAAGGCGGUUUUAUCUUACCCCGAGACCCGAUCUCACUAUUCUACGCUGGCGUUGAGCCUUCCCUCGCUACCAAGGCAGCCGCCGCCCUAUGCCCCCAGCCUAGCAAGACAUUCCUAGAUAAGUCCCGGUUUGAGCCCUGGAAUGAGGGCUUUGAGAUGGGCUACAUCUUCGCAGAGGAAGACCAGCUUCUGACUCUGGACAAACAAAUCGACAUGUCGUCCCAGUUCCCAGCCAGCUCCUUCACUGCUACGCUCACAGCUAGCCACUCACCUUUCCUCAGCAUGCCCGAGACUCUUGGUAAAACCAUUCAGCAGGCUGCACAAGUGGCAGUUGCAAGAAAGGCUGCUUGA